GACAGACGGAGAUGACUGGACCUCAAGUAUCGGCAUAUCUUUUAGGUUUUAAAGACCAUUACACAUCGAACAAAUUUGUUACAAUAUAUCUCAAUUCUUUUGAAACGUACUUGACUUCACGAUAUCCUAUCAAAAACCUACUCGGAUCAAUACAUUCAGAUGAUUUGAAUACUAACAGUAGUGAAAACGAAUCGAACCAAGAAGAUAAUGAUGAAUGUGAUCUAACUAAUAACGAGAUAUUUACAAUAACAAAUUCGAGUAAACGAAUAAAUGCAACCACUGCUAGUGACUUAAUGAUCGGAUAUGACUCAUGGCAUGAAGCAUGUAAUGUCUUUUUACAAAACUCAAAUCUACCAGCACGACUUCAAUUUGUUAUUAACGAUAUUGAACUUUUACACCGAUGUACAGAAGAAACAAUGUUAGAUCGUUGUUUACGUCAAAUUGUACACAAAAAUCUGGAAAUUGCAAAAAUUCGAAGAAUAGAAAGAUCUGUAAUAGGUUAUGAUAAUACUGGUGAUGCAGAAAUACUUUUAGACCAGGAUGACUUUAAUAUUGAUAACUUAGUUUCGUUGGACCCAUACGAAAUUAUGCAUUCCAGAUUACAUAAUACGAAAUUUCAAAAAAUUAUAACAUCAAGAAAAAGAAUAGAACAAACAAAUAACAAUAUGGAUUCUGAAGAAAACCGUAUCUCGCAACCCGUAUCCUAUCAAAAAAGAUCAACUAUUUUACAAUUAACAUUUCAAAAAAUUUCAGCUGACCUCAACGACAAACAAAAAAAAGCCUUUUCACUCGUCUAUAACCACUGCAAACAGAACUAUACCAGUAACCCUAAUAAACCACCCCAAUUACUAAUGUAUUUAGGUGGAGCCGGAGGUACAGGAAAAUCAAAAGUUAUCAAAGCUAUUUGCGAAUAUUUCAACCAGAUUGGUCAAAAACAAACUCUCGUCCUUUGUGCACUAACUGGUGUCGCUGCAUCAAACAUUGGUGAAUAUACUCUUCACUCUUUGUGUAGUUUCAAAUUUGAUAAUGAUAGUGAUAGUUACAACUAUAAUUUUUCCCAGGAAUCACUAAAAAAAACACUUCAAGAACAUUGGGCAAACAUAGAAUAUCUCAUCCUAGACGAAGUUUCCAUGAUGGGACAAAAACUUAUAACAAAAUUGCACGCAUAUAUUAAAGAAACAAAACAUUUUCAAAAUGAUACCAUACCUUUCGCUGACUUAAACAUCAUCUUUGCUGGAGAUUUUCUGCAACUCCCACCU